AUGGCUUCCAAGAGAAGAUCUUGUAAAAAUAAACCCGACGUAUUUUGCUAUAUCUGCGGUGAAUACACACUUGUUCAUAACAGGAAUCAAGAUAAAGAUUGGGCGCCACACAUGGUAUGCAAGGCUUGCACCGUGUAUCUGCGUCAGUGGACCAAGGGCAAGAAGACGUGUCUGAAGUUUGGAAUUCCCAUGGUUUGGCGGGAGCAGAGAAACCAUGACACUGACUGCUACUUCUGUAGCAUCGAUCUAACUGGGAUAAACAGAAAGAACCGAAGCAGCCUCGAUGAUGAAGAUCAGGAAACAGAAGAAGAAUGGCCAGUUGUUGACGAUGAAACUCCACAGCUUUUUUCCCAACAGGAGCUAAAUGAUCUAGUUCGCGACCUCAGCUUGUCAAAGGCCUCUGCUGAACUGCAUCAAGAGUACCUCCAAUUUUUCUCGGAGGUGCAGGACUUGGUGUACUGCACAGAUAUUGCACAGCUUCUGCACCACCUGGGAGUGCCGCAGUACAAGCCCGAAGACUGGAGACUGUUCAUUGACAGCAGCAAGCGGUCACUGAAAUGUGUUCUACUGCACAACGGCAACCAGUUUGCCUCUGUGCCCCUUGCUCACUCUACUAAACUGAAGGAGAAGUAUGAAGCGGUGAAGUAUAUGCUGGAGAUGAUUCGUUAUGAUCAGCAUAAGUGGGUUAUUUGUGUCGACCUGAAGAUGGACUGGCCUGUGCAAGAGGAACUAGUGCCUUGCAGAGCAAGUAACGUUAUCAUCAGCCCUCUGGUGGACAGAGACAGGAUACUCUUCCCACCACUGCACAUCAAGCUUGGCUUGAUCAAGCAGUUCACAAAAGCUCUAGACAAGGAAGGUGGCUGCUUCAAUUACAUGUGCCAGACAUUUCCGGGAGUAACCAUAGUGAAGUUAAAAGCUGGUAUCUUUGACGGUCCUCAAAUCCGUCGGCUCAUCAGAGAUCCAGAGUUUGAAAAGUCAAUGAACAAAGUGGAACAGGAAGCAUGGAAUGCUUUUGUUCUCGUUGUGAAAAACUUCCUUGGCAACAACAAGGCCAGAAACUAUGCUGAACUUGUCAACAAUAUGGUGACUGCUUUCAAAAAACUCGGAUGCAACAUGAGCAUCAAACUGCAUUAUCUAUUUUCACAUAUGGAUCGUUUUCCUGAGAAUCUUGGAUCAAUGAGCGACGAGCAGGGAGAGAAAUUCCACCAGGAGAUGAAGGAGAUGGAGACCAGGUAUCAGGGACGUUGGAAUGCCGUCAUGAUGGCUGAUUACUGCUGGACUCUAAAGAGUGACAUCCCUGAUGCUGAGCAUUCCAGGGUAUCCAAUAAACGGAAACUAGCUCCGAACCAAGACAAAUUAGUGUACAACUUCGCAGUGAGAUAUGGAGGAAAGAAAGAGUGUGACCACGUGAUGAAAAAAUUCAAGUCCCCAUUUAUUCCACCAAUAUUAAGAGAAGACAUGUUGAAAGCUUUGGCACACAGCUUAAAUUGUACACGAGUUCACAGGUUUGCAGGGAAUGCCAGGAGGUUCCUAGUUGCAGUUGCACCGAUCUUCACAACGGAAGUAAAACAUCAUGAAAUUUUCGCUAUUCUACAAUAUUCCAAUUCGGCGCCACGCGGUCCUGAACCGCGUCUGCAUACGAAUAUCCACCCGAGCCUUCACUUUGGCGGAGUCUUUCCUGGUCGGGAGCCGCCACUCUACAAUAGACACUCUCAGGGUCUGAAAACACGGACCGGGCCUAAGUUUGACUAG